AUGGAGGCUCUGGAGGAGCAGCUGCCAAGCUCGGAGGCUCCGGGGUCUGCACUAUGUGGAGACCCCCUGCCCGCGGCGGAGCUGCUCCGCUCGGAGGUCUCCUGCACGGAGAGUGGCUCUUCGGAGGCCCCGAGCCCAGACUCGCAGCUCUGGGACAAAGCUGUGUCCCCGAAGACCGAGAUCGCCGUCCCAGAGCCGGAGGAGCUGCUCUGCCGCCGGCCUCGCGCGCGCUCCUUCUCCCUGCCGGAGGACCCCAUCCUGCAGGCGGCCAAGUUUCUGCAGCAGCGCCAGCUGCAGGCCCUGCGGCCGGACUCCCCGGGCGACGAGCGAGCGGUCAGAGCGCUGCCCGGCCCGGACCUCUGCUGUCCCAAGUGCAAGAAGCGAGUGCAGUUCGCCGAUUCGCUGGGGCUGAGCCUGGCCAGCGUGAAGCACUUCAGCGACUCCGAGGAGCCGCAGGUGCCGCCCGCUGUGCUCCUGCGCCUCCGCAGCUUCCCGGUACUUUCCAAGGACCUGGAGCAGCUCGGGGGGCUGUUGGCGGCUGCCAAGGCACCUGCGCCGCUCCGGGCGCCGCCUCUCCGGCUCCGACCCCUUUUCCAGCUCCCGGGGCCGAGCGCCGCAGCUGAGCGCCUGUGGCGGCAGCGCGUGUGCCUGGACCGCGUGCAGUGCUCGGCUGCUUUGGGCACGGAGGUGACUGGCGCUGGCCGGGUGAUCAGUUGUCCCGGCCCCAGGACGGUGACCGUGCGGUACACUUUCACCGAGUGGCGUUCCUUCCUGGAUGUGCCCGCCGAGCUGCAGCCUGAGGAGAGGGAGACUCGGCUCCCAGAGGCGCCAUCGGGGGUCUCUGGAUCAGAGUCUGGGAACUUGAAGGAAGAGCCGGCCGCCGAGCGCUUCUACUUCUCCCUGUGCCUGCCUCCCAGUCUGCAGCCCAAGGAAGAGGAGGAUGUGGACGUGCGGGGCGUCGCCGUCCACUUUGCUAUCUGUUAUCGAUGUCAGCAGGGCGAGUACUGGGACAACAACGCGGGGGCCAACUAUACCCUGUGCUAUGCGCGCUCCCAGGACCAGCCUUGAAGGCCCGGCUCUGUAGCUUCGGGGAUUGCAAACAAGGAGCCGAACUGCAACAGAUCAGGGGAGAGAGUUUGGAGGACCUGUUGGGAAACUUCGCUGUAUAACGGAUGUGGAGUGAGUGGACCUUGGAGGAAAAGGGUGGUUCGUGAGCCAGCACUGAGGGCCUGGGCAAUGCUCCGAAUCUCCCCGUGCUGUCUUCUCUUUGACCAAGCUAUCUUGGCUUCCAGAAUCCCCAACCUACAUUGGAAUGGAAAGCGAUCCCCAACGCCUCCAAGUCCCCUCCCCAGCAGAGGCUCUCUGUAAAAAAAAAGCGAUCCUGAGCCCAGAGGGCAGCUCUGACUUCCUGUUGUGUUAGGUCCCCAUGCUGAGUUUCCAUCCUGGCAGCUUGAUGGACAGCUGUAGGGAAAGGACAACUCGCUCCCCGGAGGGAAAGUGCUCUCGCGGGACUGUAGCCUAAUUUUCUAAGAAAUUUGGGUGGGCUGGGUCAAUCUGUCUUUCAAUUGUGAUUUUGAAGCGUUUGCCCAGACUUGAAGUUAUUUACUUGCGCAUUUGCCUACAAAUUACACUUUUCAGAAGUAAAUACCACUUGCACAUGCUUAACCUGCUGUUUGGUACUUUCUAUUUUACCCCCACAGU